AUGCUCGAGGUAAACCAAGGCUAUUUUUCUGACUUCACAGGCCAGCAGAUGCAAGACCAUCGCGACUCGUAUGGGGGGCCCAACCGCUAUUCGUCGGGAGAUGCCUUUUCUCCUACUGCCGCAAUCCCACCUCCCAUGAUGAACCCCAACGAUCUCCCCUUGGGCGCUGCCGAAACCAUGAUGCCGCUAGAGCCCCGCGAUCUGCCCUUUGACGUCUACGACCCUCACAACCCCAAUGUCAAAAUGUCAAAAUUUGAUAACAUUGGCGCUGUCCUGCGCCACCGCAGUCGCACACAGCCAAGGACGACUGCCUUCUGGGUUCUUGACGCAAAAGGCAAAGAGACGGCGUCCAUCACCUGGGAAAAGGUGGCUAGUCGCGCGGAAAAGGUGGCCAAAGUGAUUCGGGAUAAGAGCAACCUUUAUCGAGGCGACCGUGUGGCAUUAGUGUACAGGGAUACAGAAAUCAUUGAUUUUGUCGUGGCGUUGAUGGGCUGCUUCAUUGCGGGCGUUGUAGCGGUACCCAUCAAUAGCGUCGACGACUAUCAGAAACUCAUUCUUCUCCUAACGACGACUCAAGCUCAUCUCGCACUGACCACAGACAACAAUCUCAAGGCCUUUCAUCGUGACAUUAGUCAGAACCGUCUAAAAUGGCCGAGUGGGGUAGAGUGGUGGAAGACGAACGAGUUUGGCAGCCACCACCCCAAGAAACAUGACGAUACUCCAGCUUUGCAAGUACCAGAGGUUGCCUACAUUGAGUUCUCGCGUGCACCUACUGGUGACCUUCGCGGUGUGGUGCUUAGUCACAGGACUAUUAUGCACCAAAUGGCCUGCAUCAGUGCCAUGAUCAGCACGAUACCCACCAACACUCAGAGCCAAGACACAUUCAGCACUAGCCUACGGGAUGCAGAGGGAAAGUUCGUUGCUCCAGCACCGUCCAGAAACCCCACAGAAGUGAUCCUCACAUACCUCGACCCGCGCGAAAGCGCUGGUCUCAUUCUCAGUGUCUUGUUUGCAGUCUAUGGCGGCCACACUACCGUAUGGCUCGAGACCGCGACCAUGGAAACCCCAGGUCUAUAUGCACAUCUCAUCACCAAAUAUAAAUCCAAUAUACUGCUAGCGGAUUACCCAGGACUCAAGCGCGCCGCAUACAACUACCAACAAGAUCCAAUGGCUACAAGAAACUUCAAGAAAAACACAGAACCCAAUUUUGCCUCCGUGAAGAUCUGUCUGAUUGACACGCUUACCGUCGACUGUGAAUUUCACGAGAUUCUCGGAGACCGAUAUUUCAGACCAUUGCGAAACCCCAGAGCACGGGAACUGAUUGCGCCAAUGCUCUGUUUGCCAGAACAUGGUGGAAUGAUAAUAUCUGUACGCGACUGGCUAGGUGGAGAGGAGCGCAUGGGGUGCCCAUUAAGUAUAGCAGUAGAAGAUUCAGCUGAUGACGAAGAUGACACAGAGGAUAAGUAUGCAGCGGCAAAUGGCUACUCCAGUCUCAUCGGUGGUGGCACCACAAAGAACAAAAAGGAGAAGAAGAAGAAGGGCCCGACAGAGCUUACAGAAAUCUUGCUGGACAAGGAAGCUCUGAAGAUGAACGAAGUCAUUGUUCUGGCUAUUGGAGAAGAAGCAAGCAAGCGUGCAAACGAGCCCGGCACCAUGCGAGUCGGUGCCUUUGGAUAUCCCAUACCGGAUGCGACACUAGCCAUUGUAGACCCUGAGACAAGUCUUCUGUGUUCACCAUACUCGAUAGGCGAGAUCUGGGUAGAUUCACCUUCACUAUCUGGUGGCUUCUGGCAGCUGCAGAAGCAUACAGAGACCAUUUUCCAUGCCCGGCCAUACCGUUUUGUUGAGGGUAGCCCUACGCCACAGUUGCUUGAACUCGAGUUUCUGCGCACUGGACUCCUCGGCUUUAUUGUAGAGGGAAAAAUAUUCGUCCUCGGAUUGUACGAAGAUCGCAUCAGACAGCGUGUUGAAUGGGUGGAAAAUGGUCAGCUUGAAGCCGAGCAUCGAUACUUUUUUGUACAGCACCUGGUCACAAGCAUCAUGAAAGCCGUACCAAAGAUUUACGACUGCUCAUCGUUUGACUCCUAUGUGAAUGGUGAAUACCUGCCAAUCAUUCUCAUUGAGACGCAGGCCGCAUCGACUGCGCCCACGAAUCCAGGUGGACCACCACAACAAUUGGAUAUACCCUUUUUGGAUUCACUAUCUGAGAGGUGUAUGGAGGUACUCUACCAAGAACAUCAUUUACGAGUAUACUGCGUGAUGAUUACAGCACCUAAUACACUUCCACGAGUCAUCAAGAACGGACGGCGAGAGAUUGGCAAUAUGCUUUGUAGAAGAGAGUUUGACAAUGGUUCUCUGCCUUGCGUGCACGUAAAGUUUGGCGUUGAGCGAUCAGUGCAGAAUAUUGCACUCGGUGACGACCCCGCUGGCGGCAUGUGGUCAUUCGAGGCAUCAAUGGCACGUCAACAAUUCUUGAUGCUCCAAGACAAGCAAUACUCAGGUGUCGAUCAUCGCGAAGUCGUCAUCGACGACAGAACAUCGACUCCGCUCAAUCAGUUCUCGAAUAUUCACGACCUGAUGCAAUGGCGUGUAUCUCGGCAGGCCGAGGAACUUGCCUACUGCACAGUCGACGGUCGAGGAAAAGAGGGCAAGGGCGUCAAUUGGAAGAAGUUCGACCAAAAGGUUGCGGGCGUAGCAAUGUACCUCAAGAACAAAGUCAAGGUCCAGGCCGGCGACCAUCUCCUUCUGAUGUACACGCAUUCAGAAGAAUUUGUUUAUGCCGUUCAUGCAUGUUUUGUGCUUGGAGCUGUUUGCAUACCAAUGGCGCCAAUUGAUCAGAACCGGUUGAAUGAGGAUGCGCCGGCCUUGCUACAUAUCCUUGCAGACUUCAAGGUCAAAGCCAUUCUUGUCAACGCUGACGUUGACCACCUAAUGAAGAUCAAGCAAGUAUCGCAGCACAUCAAACAAUCAGCCGCUAUCCUCAAGAUCAAUGUGCCAAACACAUACAGCACAACAAAACCGCCAAAGCAAUCGAGUGGCUGCCGCGAUCUCAAGCUUACAAUUCGACCGGCAUGGAUUCAGGCGGGCUUCCCAGUGUUAGUCUGGACGUACUGGACGCCCGAUCAACGUCGUAUCGCAGUUCAGCUGGGCCACAGCCAAAUCAUGGCACUGUGCAAGGUCCAAAAAGAAACGUGCCAAAUGACAAGUACACGGCCGGUUCUUGGUUGUGUCCGAAGCACGAUAGGACUUGGUUUCCUUCACACUUGUCUCAUGGGAAUCUUCCUUGCUGCACCCACAUACCUGGUGUCACCUGUAGACUUUGCACAAAACCCGAAUAUUCUGUUCCAAACGCUUUCGCGGUACAAGAUCAAGGAUGCAUAUGCAACGAGUCAAAUGUUGGACCACGCCAUCGCACGCGGGGCUGGUAAGAGUAUGGCUCUGCACGAGCUGAAGAAUCUCAUGAUUGCGACUGAUGGAAGACCACGCGUUGAUGUUUAUCAAAGAGUGCGUGUGCACUUUGCGCCAGCUAACUUAGACCGAACCGCAAUCAACACUGUCUACUCACAUGUAUUGAACCCAAUGGUAGCAUCGCGAUCAUACAUGUGUAUUGAGCCAGUCGAGCUCCAUCUCGAUGUUCAUGCUCUGCGACGCGGCCUUGUCAUGCCCGUUGACCCUGACACAGAGCCCAACGCUUUGCUCGUCCAAGACUCGGGCAUGGUGCCAGUGAGCACACAAAUAUCCAUUGUCAACCCAGAGACAAACCAGCUGUGCUUGAAUGGCGAGUAUGGCGAGAUCUGGGUUCAGUCCGAGGCGAACGCUUAUAGCUUCUACAUGUCAAAAGAGCGUUUGGAUGCAGAGCGCUUCAACGGUAGGACGAUUGAUGGAGACCCAAAUGUGCGAUAUGUUCGUACAGGCGAUUUAGGAUUUUUGCACAAUGUGACACGGCCCAUUGGACCUAACGGUGCCCCUGUUGAUAUGCAGGUACUUUUCGUUCUUGGAAGCAUAGGUGACACGUUUGAAGUCAACGGACUGAACCAUUUCUCAAUGGACAUUGAGCAAUCUGUCGAACGUUGUCACCGGAACAUUGUUCCUGGAGGCUGUGCUGUUUUCCAAGCAGGUGGGCUUGUUGUUGUCGUUGUGGAAAUCUUCCGACGCAACUUCCUUGCAAGCAUGGUGCCGGUGAUUGUCAAUGCAAUCUUGAACGAGCAUCAGCUGGUCAUUGAUAUCGUCUCGUUUGUGCAAAAAGGUGACUUCCACCGGUCUCGUCUGGGCGAGAAGCAACGCGGAAAGAUUCUCGCAGGAUGGGUCACGCGAAAGAUGCGCACAAUAGCCCAAUACAGUAUACGAGAUCCUAAUGGACAGGAUUCCCAGAUGAUGAUUACAGAAGAGCCUGGUCCUCGGGCUAGUAUGAGUGGAAGUAUGCUUGGGCGAAUGGGCGGCCCAGCAAGCAUCAAGGCCGGGUCGACAAGAGCCCCGAGUCUAAUGGGCAUGACGGCGACUAUGAAUAAUCUAUCUCUUGCACAGCAGCAGCAGCAAUACCAACAGCCUGGUAUGUAUGCUCAACAGCAAGGCAUGCACGCCCAGCAACAACAUCAAUUUAGCAUGUCCAACACGCCACCACAAGGUCCACCCCAAGGCGUGGAACUGCAUGAUCCCAGCGACCGCACACCGACAGACAACCGGCACUCUUUCCUUGCCGACCCGCGCAUGCAGAACCAGGACCAAAUGAACGAGAUGGGCGCCUACGAACCCAUGAACUAUCAAAACGCGUAUCAUCCGCAUCAACAACAAUACGAAUCUGAAGACGGGGGCAGCGGACUCAGCGGCCCCGUGCCAAACGUGCUGCGGCCGGGUCCUUCAUCCGGGUCCGUAGACGACUACGACCAAGCUAACAACAACAACAACAAUAUGUGGAACAAUCGAGAGUACUAUGGUGAUACCCCGUCAUAUGCAGGAGGAUACGUUCAAGACGGCAAUAUCCACGAGCAGCAACAACACGACGAGUACACGAGUAAUGCAUCAUAUGGCGGAAAUCAAGGCCAAGCCCUAGGUGCAGGCGGAGGCGGCGGUCUCCGAGUCGCAAAUCGCGAUAGCUCCGACAGUGAGGGCGCAGAUGACGACGCUUGGAGACGUGAUGCCCUUGCUCAGAUCAAUUUUGCGGGCGGCGCUGCUGCUGCUGCUUCCGCUGGGACACCAGCUGGUGGUGCUGGUGGAGCCUCUUCUUCGCAGCCGGGCCAUGCGCAGUAG